CACGGCCAGAAUUAGGUGAAAAGCAAAGUAACUCUGUCUCUCUCUCUCUCUCUCUCUUACCUAUUGCCAUAUUACUCCCACAACCACUAUUGUUCUAUCUACCUAAUCCAAUACUGAAUCGAAACCAAAAAUUUUUGGUUGCGAGCAAACAAAAUUGGAGGAUUGCUGUCGAUUGGUGUCUGUUCGUCAUCUAUCCAAUCGGAAGAGAGAGGGAGAACAAUGGAGGGAAAUUUUGAGAUGAAAUGAACCGGUGGUGAUUGGUUUUGGGUUGUCCAAUCUCAGCCCUAGGAAUCGGUAAUUCCUUUACUCUUGCUGCUAGAUCUCACUGAUUCAUUGCUGGAGCAGCUAUCUGAUCUGGCAUUGUCGUCAUCUCUGCGGUAAUCGAUGCUGCCGAGCCGAGGGAGUUGGUGGGAGGGGUGAGGGAUGGUAUCGGAGUGUUUGUUGGUUGAAUGUUGAGCCGUUUGAGUGAUUAUAGUAGUUGCAUUGGCUGUCCUCUCGAUGGCGUAGCUUCAGUGCGAAUCGGCGAGAAUGUCUGCUCCGUUGGCGGCGUUUGAGCGUCCCAGAGCUGGGGCUUCGAAUACGGUUUUCAAGAGUGGCCCACUUUUUAUAUCAUCUAAAGGAUUAGGCUGGAAAUCUUGGAAGAAGCGCUGGUUCAUACUUACACGCACUUCCCUAGUUUUCUUUAAAAAUGAUCCUACUGCACUUCCUCAAAGAGGGGGUGAAGUGAAUCUAACUUUGGGGGGCAUAGACUUGAAUAAUUCAGGGAGUGUUGUUGUUAGAGAGGAUAAGAAACUCUUGACUGUAUUGUUUCCUGAUGGUCGUGAUGGACGAGCUUUCACUCUCAAGGCUGAGACGUCGGAUGAUUUGUUUGAAUGGAGAACGGCACUUGAACAAGCCCUUGCACAAGCACCAAGUGCUGCUCUUGUCAUGGGACAUAAUGGGAUUUUUCGCAAUGACACAAAUGACAAAAUUGACAGUUCUUUCCAUCCAUGGAGAGAUAAGCGUCCUGUUAAAUCUUUGGUGGUGGGUAGACCUAUUUUACUUGCACUGGAAGAUAUUGACGGAGGUCCAUCCUUCCUUGAGAAAGCACUUCGGUUUCUUGAAACAUUUGGAACCAAGGUAGAAGGUAUUUUACGGCAGUCUGCAGAUGUUGAAGAGGUAGACCGCAGAGUUCAGGAAUAUGAACAAGGUAAGACAGAAUUUGGUUCUGACGAGGAUGCUCAUGUCAUUGGUGAUUGUAUUAAGCACAUUCUAAGAGAGCUUCCAUCAUCACCUGUUCCAGCUUCAUGCUGCACUGCAUUGCUCGAGGCUUAUAAAAUUGAUCGAAAAGAAGCGCGGAUUAAUGCCAUGCGAUCAUCUAUAUUGGAGACCUUUCCUGAACCAAACCGGCGUUUGUUACAGAGAGUUUUAAAGAUGAUGCAUACUAUCUCUUCUCAUGCUCACGAGAAUCGGAUGACUCCAUCUGCUGUUGCUGCGUGCAUGGCACCUUUGCUUUUACGGCCUCUAUUAGCUGGCGAAUGUGAGUUGGAAGAUGAGUUUGAUGUAAAUGGUGAUAACUCUGCCCAGCUGCUGGCUGCUGCCAAUGCAGCUAAUAACGCUCAAGCGAUUGUUACAACUCUUUUGGAGGAGUUUGAGAAUAUUUUUGAUGAUGAAAACCUACACAGAUGCUCAAUUUCAGCAGAUUCUCAGAUUGAAAAUAGUGGAAGUGAUGAUUCCACUGAUGAUGAAAAUCUUGAUGUGAAAGGCAACGGCUAUCACGAUGCAGAAAAUGAGGUUGGUCCAGACACAGAUGAGGACCCUGAGCGUGUACUCAGUGGAAAGUUGAGUGAAAGUAGUGGCUAUGCAGGGAGUGAUCUUUAUGACUAUAAGCCAUUUGGAGGUGAUGACUCAGAUGUUGGAUCCCCAAGAGAAAAUCAUGAUUUAGCUGAGAUUUCAAACUCAUGUCCCGAUCAUCAUAAGAACUCUGAUUCCAAUGUUCAACCGCUUGGGGAACAAGGCAAACAAAAGAAAGGAAACACGAAUGCCUUGACUGAGAUGGAAACUUCAAAUAUCUCACCUGCUGGCGAAUGUUACCGAUCAAUGGGAGAGAUCUUAAAUUCGAUGGAUCCAGGGAACGAGUCAAGUUCUGGGAAGCCAGUUGGUAAAGUUUCAAGUUCAAAUAUUAAUGUUAAGCGAACAACUUUUUGGGGAAGGAGCAAUGCUAGAAAGACACCCUCAAUUGAGUCAGUAGAUUCUUCUGGAGAAGAAGAACUUGCUAUUCAGAGGCUUGAGAUGACCAAAAAUGACUUGCAACAGAGAAUUGCCAAGGAGGCUAGAGGAAAUGCAAUUUUACAAGCCAGCUUGGAAAGAAGGAAACAAGCUUUGCAUGAGCGGCGGUUGGCACUUGAACAAGAUGUUUCUAGAUUACAAGAGCAAUUGCAAGCAGAAAGAGAUCUUAGGGCUGCUUUGGAAGUUGGCCUAAGCAUGUCUUCUGGACAAUUUAAUAGUUCGCGUGGCAUGGAUUCAAAGACAAGGGCUGAGCUUGAGGAGAUUGCUCUUGCUGAAGCAGAUGUGGCUCGGUUGAAGCAGAAAGUUGCUGAACUCCACCACCAGUUGAAUCAGCAACGGCAGCAUAACUAUGGUUCUCUAUCUGAUGCAUGUGACCGAUAUCAGCACGUUCAGAAUCAUAGUCCUCAACUGAGAUUUCUUCAGCAAGAUUUUGAUUCAACCCUUGCUUUUGUUAAUCAUGAAAGGAAACAAAGGAGCGAGGAGGGUUUGAUGGGAGGUGACUGGCGAAAUAUCAAAGGACAAGUGUUAGGAUCUGCAAAUAGCAGCAAGCAGACGCCACGGAAGCUAUUUAUGGAUUCAUUAAGCCCGAGCGACUCCAAAAGUACCGAGGUUUCGACUAGCAUGUCCAUGGAUGACCUUGCGGUUGAUUCUGGUUCUUUGCCUUCUACUUCAAAAGCAGGAGAGGUUUUGGAUUACACGAGACACACGGCAGUGCCUUCCUCGACAUUGGUAGAGUUAACAACACGACUCGAUUUCUUCAAGGAGAGACGUUCUCAGUUGAUGGAGCAGCUCCAUAAUCUUGAUUUAAAUUAUGGUGCAUCAUCCUCACAAGACUUUAUCUAUAAACAACCGCCGUCUCCGCCAUGGAAAUAACAACCCGAGCAGGCAAGUCUACAUCCAUAAUUAGUUCCAAUCAUCUAUUUGUUGUAUAUCCUCUUCCUACACCUAUAAUGUUAGCCAGUUCAUUGUGUGCCUUUCUAAUAUUUAAGUUUGGUCUUUCAUGGGGAUGUCAUCUUCAAUUUCCUUUCUUCUUUUUCCCUCUCCAUUGAGGGACUUUGGUGGGUUUUGUAUCUUCUAGUUCACUUAUUUUGCUUUGCUCUCGUAUUUUUAUCGAGGAUUAGACUAAGCGAAAGUCGCUCGUGUUGUAACAAUAUUAGUUUGCUGAGGCCUUGUCAUUGAACAUAUAUAUGAUAUAUAUUUAGUUUCAGAGAUUGGAAAUUUUAUCCCAAA